AGAAAAGAUAAAUAUUCUGGAAAAAAAAGCAACGCCCUUUUACCAUUAUAUCACCACCAUACCUUGGACGCCCUCACUCUCUCUCUCUCUCUCUCUCUCUCUCUAGGAUCUCUAUCUGUCGCCGGUGGCUUGCGAUGGCAAACAAUCAAGCAAGCCUUCUUCUACAGAAACAGCUCAAAGAUCUGUGCAAGAAACCGGUUGAUGGUUUCUCAGCUGGGCUCGUUGAUGAGAAUAACGUUUUCCAGUGGAGCGUUUCGAUUAUGGGUCCUCCUGAUACCUUGUAUGAAGGGGGCUUCUUUAAUGCAAUUAUGACGUUUCCACAGGAUUAUCCUAAUAAACCACCAACUGUCAAGUUCACCUCAGAGGUGUGGCAUCCUAAUGUUUAUUCUGAUGGAAAAGUUUGCAUAUCGAUUCUUCAUCCUCCUGGUGAUGAUCCUAAUGGAUACGAGCUUGCCUCAGAACGUUGGAACCCUGUUCACACGGUAGAAAGCAUUGUGUUGAGUAUCAUAUCUAUGCUGUCGGGUCCCAACGACGAGUCACCGGCGAAUGUGGAAGCUGCAAAAGAAUGGAGAGACAACAGAGCAGAGUUUAGGAAGAAAGUGAGUCGCUGUGUGAGAAGAUCGCAAGAGAUGUUAUAAAUACAUCUCUCCUGCGUUUUUAUGUAUUGUAGAAAUUUCGAUCCUAAGCUAAGAGAGAGAGAAGGUAAGAAGAAGCAAGCAGAUGAAUCUGUGUGCUCAAAAGCUUGUUUUCUUUUUUUGGUUUUGGUGUUGUUUUAAGGUUUGGAAUAUUGUGGUGGAAUCAAAUCUAAACCACCUUUUAGGAUUAUAUUUUUACACUCAUUAAUGGAUUCCUUUUCAUAUUCCUCUUUUAA